UUACCGGUUAAUCCAGGAUUAGAGGGUUACCAGCUACCUCGAAAAUGUAACACGGAACAAGCGGGUCGACCGAAAUGUCCAUUGGAUCCUUACUUUAUCAUGCCAGAUAAAUGCAAAUGUGUCGAUUUCCAGGUGCUGAAGUUGCAAGAAUUACCCGAUUUCAUUCCCCAGGGUGAGAUACCCCGACAUAUGCAAUUAUUUUGUGAUAGGAGUUUAUGUGAGCGAGUCGUACCCGGCAAUAGGGUUUUGAUUCAUGGCAUUUUCUCCAUCAGGAAGAUCGGUAAGCCCAGCAGGCAAGACGGUCGUGAGAAGGCUAUUGUUGGUGUUCGUGCCCCUUACAUGAGAGUUGUUGGAAUAACAGUUGAUACAGAAGGCGUUGGUGCCAUUUCUCGUUUCAACAACAUAACCACAGAAGAGGAAUCAAUGUUCCGUAAGAUGGCAGCGAACCCAAACAUAUAUGACAGUUUAUCAGAUAGUUUGGCGCCUAGUAUUUUUGGCUCACAAGAUAUCAAAAAAGCUAUAGUUUGUAUGCUUUUUGGAGGAUCUCGCAAAAGAAUGCCAGAUGGUCUUACUCGUCGAGGUGAUAUCAAUAUACUUCUGCUGGGAGACCCUGGUACUGCCAAAUCACAACUGUUGAAAUUUGUGGAAAAGGUAGCUCCGAUCGCCGUCUACACUUCCGGCAAAGGUUCAAGUGCUGCCGGUUUAACUGCUUCGGUUAUGCGUGAUCCUGCCACCAGAAAUUUCGUCAUGGAAGGAGGUGCUAUGGUUCUGGCCGAUGGUGGUGUUGUUUGUAUCGACGAGUUCGAUAAAAUGAAAGAAGACGAUCGUGUUGCUAUUCACGAAGCAAUGGAACAGCAAACGAUUUCUAUUGCCAAAGCUGGUAUCACGACCACAUUGAAUUCUCGUUGCUCGGUCCUCGCAGCCGCAAACUCUAUUUUUGGUCGCUGGGACGACACCAAAGGUGAAGAAAAUAUUGAUUUCAUGCCUACGAUUUUGUCUCGUUUCGAUAUGAUCUUCAUAGUUAAAGAUGUGCACGACCAAAAUCGAGAUAUAACUCUGGCAAAACAUGUGAUGAACGUCCACAUGAACGCCAACAAAGUACUGGAUAAUCAGGAAGGAGAAAUUCCACUUGCUACCUUCAAAAAAUAUAUUAACUACUGCCGAACCCAUUGUGGACCUCGACUGAAUGAAACUGCUGCUGAAAAAUUAAAAUCGCGGUACGUUCUUAUGAGAUCGGGUGCCGGAGAACACGAACGUCAAUCGGAUAAACGUCUUUCGAUCCCAAUCACCGUUCGUCAACUUGAAGCCGUUAUCCGAAUGUCAGAAUCUUUGGCAAAAAUGCAACUCCAACCUUUCGCUACAGAAACGCACGUUACCGAAGCCCUCCGACUGUUCCAGGUGUCCACUCUCGAUGCAGCGAUGUCCGGUUCCUUAGCCGGUGCUGAAGGCUUCACAACCGAGGAGGACUCUGAAAUGCUGAAUCGUAUCGAGAAACAACUGAAACGCCGUUUUGCCAUUGGCUCCCAGGUAUCGGAGCAAAACAUCAUCCAGGACUUCUCACGCCAAAAGUAUCCAGAACGUGCCGUGCUUAAGGUGAUCCACACAAUGAUUCGUCGGGGUGAGCUGCAGCAUCGAAUGCAACGAAAAAUGCUUUACCGGUUGUCCUAAAUUGAUAUGUACCUGUCUGCAAAAUUUUUUCUACAUCGAUUAAAUGUUUCCGUUUUACGUAGAUUUAGUUUUUUUUUACUUCUACAAUAAUGUCAGCUAAAGUUGAAAGACCAAUAAAUAAUUUCGAUUGAUGUA